AUGGGCGGCGACUUUCUUCACAUCGCGCUCGACGUCUCAGGCGACGGCAAACUCCCCGUACCGCCACGCAACAUCGCUGAUCCGCUCACACAAGUCUUCAAUUUCACGCUCUUCCUUACAUCGACGGUUACGCAGAAAAACUUUACGAUAUCGAACCUGACAACGUCCACCCCACCUUUCGCAGACAUACUAGAUCAGGAAAGUGGCCAAACAGUCAAACACAUCAACUUCGAAUGGCCGGAGUGUUUAGUCGGGGAUAACAAUGAGGAUGAGGGUUCAACUGCGAGGGGAGAUUACAACAUCAGCAUACACCAGAAUUACCGAUUAAAUGGUGUGGAACGAUACACUAUCUUCAACCUUCCUAUCAGUGUUACAAACAGCAUUCAGCGCUUUCCAGGUGCCUCGCAGUUGACCACGAAACCUGCUCCCGGUCCACUCAGCGCAAACGGAGGCCGAAUGCCCUGCGCGAUGAUCGAGAAUCCGUUGGAGGACUUUCAGACGCAGGUUAACAGCGUCAACAAUCCACCGGGGCAGCCUAUGCAGGAUAUUCCGCUCGAAACAAGCGCAAGGAGUGACGGUGGCCAAGUUGGAGGAAAUGGACCAGAUGAUGGAUCGAGUGGGAGAGGAGGAAAUGGCAACAACCAGAAUGGACAGGGAGAGAUUGCAGGACAAGGUGGUAACGCUGCACUUGGAGGAGCUGUGAAGAUGACGGGAGACCACACUACUCUUAUCCUUUGCUACAUUCUCGAUCCAAACUGCGCUUCUUACUAA